GGGGGCCUGACAGCGCGGCGGUGUGGACCGCGCGGCCGGAGAGCGCGGCGCCCAGAGCGCGGUCCGCUCGCGGAGCCACAGCCCGAGCCGGGUCCCAGUCGGAGCCGAGCCCCAGCCGAGCCGAGCCGGGCCCGGAGCGCCCGGUGCCCGCAGCCAUGCUGGCCGGCCGCGCCGCGCGCACCUGUGCGCUGCUCGCCCUCUGCCUCCUGGGCGCCGGGGCCCAGGAUUUCGGGCCGACGCGCUUCAUCUGCACCUCGGUGCCUGUGGACGCCGACAUGUGCGCCGCGUCCGUGGCCGCCGGCGGCGCCGAGGAGCUCCGGAGCAGCGUGCUGCAGCUCCGCGAGACCGUGCUGCAGCAGAAGGAGACCAUCCUGAGCCAGAAGGAGACCAUCCGCGAGCUGACCGCCAAGCUGGGCCGCUGCGAGAGCCAGAGCACGCUGGACCCCGGAGCCGGCGAGGCCCGGGCGGGCGGCGGCCGCAAGCAGCCCGGCUCGGGCAAGAACACCAUGGGCGACCUGUCCCGGACACCGGCCGCCGAGACGCUCAGCCAACUCGGGCAAACUUUGCAAUCGCUCAAAACCCGCCUGGAGAACCUCGAGCAGUACAGCCGCCUCAAUUCCUCCAGCCAGACCAACAGCCUCAAGGAUCUGCUGCAGAGCAAGAUCGAUGAGCUAGAGAGGCAGGUGCUGUCCCGGGUGAACACCCUGGAGGAGGGCAAGGGGGGCCCCAGGAACGACACCGAGGAGAGGGUCAAGAUCGAGACCGCCCUGACCUCCCUGCACCAGAGAAUCAGCGAGCUCGAAAAAGGUCAGAAAGACAACCGUCCCGGAGACAAGUUCCAGCUCACGUUCCCGCUGCGGACCAACUAUAUGUAUGCCAAGGUGAAGAAGAGCCUGCCUGAGAUGUACGCCUUCACUGUCUGCAUGUGGCUCAAGUCCAGCGCCGCGCCAGGGGUGGGCACGCCCUUCUCCUAUGCUGUGCCCGGCCAGGCCAACGAGCUGGUCCUCAUUGAGUGGGGCAACAACCCCAUGGAGAUCCUCAUCAAUGACAAGGUGGCCAAGCUGCCUUUUGUCAUCAAUGAUGGCAAGUGGCACCACAUCUGCAUCACCUGGACCACCCGGGACGGGGUCUGGGAGGCCUACCAGGAUGGCACGCAGGGUGGCAGUGGCGAGAACUUGGCACCCUAUCACCCCAUCAAGCCCCAGGGCGUGCUGGUGCUGGGCCAGGAGCAGGACACUCUGGGUGGUGGAUUUGAUGCCACCCAGGCAUUUGUGGGUGAGCUGGCCCACUUCAACAUCUGGGACCGCAAGCUGACCCCCGGGGAGGUCUACAACCUGGCCACCUGCAGCACCAAGGCACUGUCCGGCAAUGUCAUCGCCUGGGCCGAGUCCCACAUUGAGAUCUACGGUGGAGCCACCAAGUGGACCUUCGAGGCCUGUCGCCAGAUCAACUGAGCGCGGCAGGCCAGGCUGAGCCCGCCCGCCCUCACCCCCUGCUUGUGCGGCGAUGAUCUGUUUCGUGCGUCUCUUCUCUCCCUUUUCCCUAGGAAUGAACCGAGGCCGUCGCCCCUGCACAUGCACACGCACACAGCCUGGUUUUGUCCUCAUGCACACGAAGCAGCCCCUGCUCCCAGCUGUCCCCGCGGAAGCCCCACUUCUCUGUAGGAGCCUGGACUCUCUCAGGCGGGCCCCGUUCACAGCUAAAGUGGGCGCUGCGACGUUUUGAACAAGGCAGAAGUAGGUGAGAG